UAUUAUCAGAGCGAGCUAAGAGUUAUGGGGCAAUAACUUAUAUCCCAUAUGUGUGAGGCUUGAGAUGGACCCGUAGCAUUAAUUGGGGGUCUCAGAUCUGGAACCCCACAGGUACCCGGGCCCCUCACAUUGUCCAUCUUAGGGUCCCCCCGACCCAGUCUGGAAGUUUCCAGGCAGCAUCGUCUGUAGGAGGAGCCACUGGAGCAUCUUGCUUUGCUUUUCCUUGUUUGCGAGUGAAACUUAAGCCAGAGACUGUCAGAGGGAGGAGCUGAGCUCUGAGGCACAAACUCUGCACAGCUCUCGGUGUGUUACUCAGGGACCGAGCUAGAGCCUGGUGUGUAUCUGCGGGAGGGAGCAGCACACAGUGCCGUACACAGCAACUGGAGACUGCAUACUGCCGUACACAGCAACAGGAGACUGCAUACUGCCGUACACAGCAACUGGAGACUGCACAGUGCGUACACAGCAACAGGAGACUGCAUACUGCCGUACACAGCAACUGGAGACUGCACUACACACAAGUGGUGACUACACACUACUGGAUACAGCAGCACCCAGCAAGUGAUACUACAGUAGCUGCAGUCACUCAUCUCACUGCUGCACACAACUGAGCUCUACACAGACUGUCUCUUACACAUCAUAGGAAAAGUUCUCUGUGCAGGAUUCUGUAGUCUCUUUUAAUAAGGGGCAGCAGUCUCUCUGGCCAGGACUUAGCCCUCUCUGGACUGAGCUUUCUGGCGGUAUAUUACUAAAACUCAGUACUCUCUGUGCUCAUCACUUUCUGCAAAGGUUCGUUACUCUCUGGAUUCAGCACUCAGGUACCUCUCUUAGCCUUGGACUCAGCACUCUUUGGACUUAGUAGUCUCAUUACCCUGUGGGGUCGUUAUGCCCCCAGUGCACAGCUAAAGGUGCUGAGUGACCCCAGGACACGGUGACCCACACACACACCAUGGCCCAGGAAAAACUUCGGCCCCGUCUGUGCCACAUACAAAAGGGAGAGCAGGGCUAUGGCUUCCACCUUCAUGGGGAGAAGGGUAAGACUGGCCAAUACAUCCGUAAGGUGGAACCUGGCUCUCCAGCAGAGGCAGCAGGACUGCGGGCAGGGGACCGGGUGCUGGAGGUCAACGGGGAGAACGUGGAGAAGGAGACCCACCACCAGGUGGUUCAGCGUAUUAAGGCUAUGGAGAACGAGACUCGCUUGCUAGUUGUAGACAGAGAAACCGAUGAGUAUCUGCGACUUAAGGAUUCCAGUUCACCCGCUGAGACGCAGUCUAACUCCAGCGCUCCCCCCACGCCGUCUGUAGGGAACAACAAUGGUGAGAUCUGGAAAUCCAAGGAAGAAACUAGCGUUGAUAACCACAAGGAACAGAUACAGAACAACCACAGCACCGAGAAUGGAAAGCAGGAUAUCAAUGGGCAGGUAACGCAGAGAUGUCCUCGGCUCUGUCACCUCAAGAAAGGAUCUAAUGGUUACGGGUUUAACCUACACAGUGAGAAAUCGCGGCCAGGCCAGUUCAUCAGAUCUGUUGACCCAGGUUCUCCAGCUGCCAAGGCUGGUCUGAAACCUCAGGACCGACUGGUUGAGGUAAAUGGGCAGAAUGUUGAUAGCAUGAAACAUUCAGAGGUUGUGACAAACAUCAAAUCCAGGGAGAAUGAGACCACCUUGCUUGUGGUGGACCCUGAAACAGACGACUAUUACAAGAAACUGGGAGUUACCCCUACUGAGGCUCAUGCUAAAGGUGCCAUUCCACAGCCUCUGACAAAUGGGACAGCUCAAACACAGCUCAAUGGAGGGUCUUCAACUUCUUCAUCGCACAGCGACCUGCAGAAUCCAGACAAAGACAUACAGGGAAAUGACCUGAACACGAAGGAUCCUUUCGAAGAGAGCGGGCUACGCCUCAGCCCUACGGCAGCCGAGGCAAAGGAGAAAGCGCGGGCUAAGCGAUCGAACAAGAGAGCUCCCCAGAUGGACUGGAGCAAGAAGCACGAAAUCUUCAGCAAUUUCUGAAGCUCUUUCUUUCCGUGGGACAUGAACAGCACUGGCAAAGCUUGCCCACUGGCCCAACACCCCUUCCUACAAAAACUGCAAUAGAAAGGGGUGCAGAUUCCAACUAGUUAACGAGAAGUGAACAAAGUCAUUAUUUGUUUUAUCAUUUCAAUUACAAGGCAUUUCAAAGCAUAUUAUUUGGACGUAAUCCCUCCAGCGCCUGGGGAAUUAUCAGGAGCAAGAUGAAGUUGCUCAGCUAAAAAAAAACAUUUUAUUUCCUGUGUCUGGAAACCGGGGCAGUUCUUAGCUAAGCCCACCAUACAGACCUUUUAUUAGGGCAGCACAGUAUGGCUUGACUGUUGGAUGGUCAGGGGGGCUGUUUGGAAAUUCCCUUGCGACUUUUUAGAAUAAACAAGACCGUCAUCUGUGCUUACUAAAGAAGGAACUGCUUUACAAAUAUAAUUGCAACUCUUUGUUCGUACUGGGAAUUGAAAGCAGAAAAAGGCAUUUAGUUAUAGAGAACAUAUACCAGGCCCAGCAGUAUCAUUCUCUGGUGUUUAUAUAGUAAACUUUCUCAUCCUGUUUUCUUUUUUCUGCCUAAGAUUAGGAAAUAGAAUUUCCACAACCCUUUUCCACUUUGCAACACAGUACAGCACCCAGGGGGUGGUACAAAUAGGAACAGAUUACCUGUGGAUAACUUCAAUAUAUAGCAAACUAUUUCUAAUAAUAUGGUUACUGACGGAGAGGAAUGUAGACCUUUUUCAACCAAUGUGGAAAAUUAAGCACAUACUUAAAAUACUUUUGCUUUUUUUUUUUUUUGAUAGCUUAAAAGAAAUGUGACUGGUAUUUCGCAACUGGAAUCUCAUAAUUCCUUGCAUUUGAUGGAUGUGAUUCAUACAAUAUGGCUCUGGUCACACUACAUAUUUUGUUUUUUUUCUCAGUGUUCUGCGCAGGUCCAUCCUUCCCACCUCCCCAUUUUAAAAAUCAAAACUACUUAGAAAGCUCUGCCCGUUUUCUCGUACGUGGGGGUAAGGAGAUAUUCCAACUCGUGUGGAAAAGGAAUAUUAUCACACGCUGAACAAUCCCUCUGGGCUGUGCAUUCCUUACUGAAGCCCAGAACUGUUGGAUCAAACCUCCCCACAGAUACACACAUGGUUUUAGUUAAGGAAUAAAAUAUAUGUAUACAUAUAUAGUAGGACUAUGACUGGAGUUGUUCAGAAUAUGCCACCAAACACUGGGAUAAAUACCCCUUCUGUUCUGCCCUGUGCCCAACCUCCCCUGCCCCAGCUAGGAACAUAAAAAAGAUGCUCUUUAGAGAACCAGAACAUCAAUUUGCAUAACCAUUGAACAGAGGGUUUUAUAUAAAUCUGUAACUGGCAUCUGAAUAGAUAACCGGAGAAAAGUCAUACUCUGUCUACUUAAAAUGCAGAUUUCGUUUUAGGAACAGAACUUCAAAGCUUAUAAAACAGAGGAAAAUAGAUUUGCUUUCUCUCCACAGGAGUCUGACAGCUGGUGUCUUGGUUAAAGAAGUUUGUAAGUUCCUAUGCAAUUAAUUGAACAUAAGUAUCGUAAUGGCAAAAUCUACGUAGAUAAAACCAGUAUAGUUUUAUUUGAUCUCUUUAAAAGGGGAGGGGUAUUAUGGUUUUGGUGACUUGGACUUGAAGGAUCAGAUUAAAGUUUUCAUACAAAAAUGUAAAAAAAAACCCCAGGAGAAAUUUAGAGUUUCAUGUUACAGAUUGAGCGUGCAUUUCUUUUAAACAUUACAAUUGACUUUAGAUGAAUUUAGUCAAAUUUACCUCUUUCCCAUGAUAUAAUUUGUUAAAGAGACAGUUGAUGGUAAAAUUGUGUUCCCCAUGUAUGAGAAAUCGCUAAUUUAUGCUUCUUUUUGUAAAAGAAAAGGCUGGAUUUGCUCUUUGAAACCACAGCCUAUCAACAUAGGGCUCGAUUUAUCAAAGCCCUACGGCUGCAAGUUCUCACAAGAACUUGCUCGCCGUAUUUAACAAGCAGCGGCCACCAGACCGCCGCUUCCCUAACCUCUUCGCCACCUCUAAGGUGGCGAAAUUCAAUCUCCGCGGUCUAGUCCGACCGAGGAGAUUGACAGCUCCUGCCUGCGCGUGAUUGGCUGUGCGCGGGCAGGGGGCGGGAUUGCACACAAGUGCAAAAUUGCGCUCAUGUGCAAUGGAGAAUUCCUGCGGGUAAAUUCGCCCCUCCACAGGCGAGCUGAGGAGUACAGGGGCACGUACUUUAAUAAAUCGAGCCCAUAGGCUUGAUUUGCUGACUGAUCAGAUCUCAUUAUCUUAUCACUCAAAUGAUUCUCUUUCUUAUUUCUGUCUCUGUACAACACUUAGAAAGAACAAUUGAGAAUUAACAUUUUAAUACUUUAUCUCUUCCACUUCCCACUGUGAGUGUAAGUUCUUCUGCUGGCUGUGUAUACAUAGUUUGUCAAUAGCCUAUACCUAGGUAUAGAAACUUUCAGUAUAGGUAGGGCUACUACAGGCUAAAUCAGCUAUUUAAAAUGCCAAUAAGGAGCUAUUUAUAAACUAUUUAAUACACUUCAGCUGGUAAAAUGGAUCAUGGGUAACAAAUUAAAGUAGAGAACGUUUUUGGGUAAACUGUGCCUUUAAAUGUUAUAGCUCCUUUCCAUAACAAAAUACCUAAGGAAGCUCAGGAGUGUGCAUGUAUCUUGAGCAUUGUUAUAUGUAUAUUGCUUAAAACACGUGCACGCUCGAGAGCCUACCUCAGUACUCUCAUGUUUUAAAUGAUAUUAAAGAAACAGGUAAAUUUGAAUCUUUUAUAAAAAAAAAUUAAAACCAUUCACUGUAUCUGAAUUGUGAAAAUUUAAUUUGAAUCCAUGUUCCUUUAAACUCGUGGUUGCUGUUUAGCCACAAGGCAUUGGGUUUUCUUUGGCAACUGAAGAGUUAAACACCCUUUUUAUGAUAUAUAUGUACAUGGUGCAGUACAUGGUGCAAAUAUUAAGACAGCACUGCCCCCUGGUGGUUAUAGACAUAACAUCUGAAGUAUAUGUGAUGACGUCUAUAAUUGCUACAAGCUGCUGUUUGUAGAAUAACUUUGCACAUAAUAUACAGUUGUAUUUCAGUACCAUCGAAGCCCCCCUAGCGAGAAGCAUGGAUUACAAUGCAUUGCAGCCAGGGCAGGAAUUUUUUGUGUAGGCAACCAAUGCAAAUUUGAAGGGGACUAGCAAAAGGCUGAAGCUUUCUCACAUUAAGAAAAAAAAAAUCCUAAUACUACGUAGUUAACCCUCUGUUGUGCCAUUAGCCUAUUAAAGAAACAGCCAGCUGUAUAAUUGGAACCUCUUGUAUAAAGUGAUUUCUAGUUCCUUUAAAGGGACAGUAAACAGUAAAUAAAUGCCUAGAUAUAAUGCUGUAAUCACAGCAGAGAUUAGCCUGAUAAUAAUCUGAAGAUGUAUUUGUAAUAUUAUAUUAGUUGUAAAAAUAUUGAAGAAAUAAGUAUGACGUUUUUGUCUCUAUAAAGUAACUGGCACUGCCUUAUUGCUACUUAGGUUUCCCUAGUUUUAAAAGCUUGUUUUCCUUAUCUUAAAGGGACUUGAAACCCAGAAUUUUUCUUUCAUGAUUUAGGUAGAACAUACAGCUUUCCAGUUUACUUCCAUUAUCAAAUUUGCCUCAUUCUCUUGGUAUCGUUUGUUGAAGAAGAAGCAUUGCACUACUGGUUGCUAACAUGGGGUGAGCCAAUGACAAUAGGUGUAUAUAUAUAUAUAUAUAUAUAUAUAUAUAUAUAUAUGCAGCCACCAAUCACCAGCUAGCACCCAGGUGCUCUGUUGCUCCUGAGGUUACCUAGAUCAGUGUUUUUCAACCAGUGUGCCGUGGCACACUAGUGUGCCGUGAGAGAUCCUCAGGUGUGCCACGGCAGACUGACAACAGUGUGACAUAUUUUUUAAACUUUGCUUGUUUUUUACUCCCAGUGCAGGGGUAGUUUGUAGGAGGCAUGGCAUAACAGCACAAUACAUACAGUAUGUGUGUGUUUGUGUGUAUGUGUAUAUAUAUAUAUAUGCUGUAUUAGGCUACAAUGUGUGAUUUUUUUUUAAAUUUUGGGAUGGUGGUGUGCCACAGGAUUUUUUAAUGUAAAAAAGUGUGCCACGGCAAAAAAAAGGUUAAAAAUCACUGACCUAGAUAAACCCUUCAACAAAGGAUAACGAAAGAAGGAAGGAAAUUAAAUAAUAAAAGUAAAUUGGAAAGUUGUUGAAAAUGGUAUGUUAUGUCUGAAUCAUGAAUGUCUAAUUAUGACUUUACUGUCCCUUUAAUCUACUCAACUACAAGAGUAACACUCUCACAGGGGGUAAUGUCCCUUUAAGAGACUUUAUUUAUUGAAGGGGCAAGUAGAAUAUCUGGAAAUAAUCACAGAUAUGUACGCUAAAGGCAUUGGCCUGUACUUAAAAUGUAUUUUUUUAACUGGUGGGAAACAAACAUUGCAGACAUAUUGUCCCCUAUAAUAAGGAUUGUAUGAGCACCUGCGUUAUAUGAAGGAUACAAAGUGUUUAUAGGGCUGUGCACAAUAAGUUGGAAGAAGAUCAUGUUUUGGAAUCUUCUAAUGAUAACUUAGCAAACAAAUAACUAACAAUAAAUGUUGUAUGGUUUCUGAAGAUGCGUUAAUGAGAAACCCUAGUGAAUGUAAUGAAUAUUGAAUUGGCGCAUUAGAUAGGGUAGACUGUCUAUGCCUAGGGUAUUUUUGUAGCAAAAAGUAAAUGUUAUCACAUAUUGAUGAAGACCAGGAUUACAAUAAAUGAGCACUUCGCUCAGGGGCAGACUAACAACCCAUGAGUCCCCGGGCAAACCCCCUUCACCCUCCCCCAGUCACCCCACCACACAGUGCAAUAAUGAAACGCUUUAUCACAAUAGAGCAUUUUCUUUUUAAAACGUAUGUCAAAGGGACGUCACAAUAAUGUAAAAAAAAGCAUCCCAAAUAAAAAAGCUUAGAACUAGUUUUUCAAGGUAAUAUGCCAAUUAAAGGGACAGACCACAUGAUUAUUUUAUUGUUUAAAAAGAUAGAUACCACUUUUACUACCCAUAACCCAGCUUUGAAUUGCCUGCAGGCCGCCCCUUAUCUCAGUGCUUUUUAUAAUCUUGCACUUUAGCCAGACAGUGCUAGUUCAUGUGUACCAUAUAGAUAACAUUGUUCUCACUCCUGUGGAGAAUAAUAAUGGUUUCACAAGAACCAGCACUAAUUGGCUAAAGUGCACACUUAAAAAAAAAAAAAAAAGCACUGGAGAUAAGGGGGCAGUCUGCAGGGGCUUAGAUACAGGUAAUAAUACAAAUGAUAUUAAUAUAAAAUGCAAAACUGCGUAAUGGGUAAUAAAGGGAUUAUCUUUUUUUUUUUAAACAAUAACAGUUUUCAAGUAGACUGUCCCUUUAAAUAUACAAUCUUUAGAGUGGUCUAUAGCAGGGGUUCCAAUCUUUUGUAUAUAAGGAAUCACAUUCUGUUUUUUUUUUUUUCUCAAAGGCCAGUGAACACAUUUUUAAAUUUUCAAGACACACCUUUACAAACUUGAGAAACCUGUAAAACACAGAAGGGGCACUAUUUAAAGGCACAUUAAGCACUAAAUACAUUUCAUGCACCUUCCUCUAAUUAUGACCUUAGGUUACACAGCAGGUAUCUAAAGGAGAAUUGCUACACAAAUGCAAACACACGUUAGCGCUGGAAUGCAGUGAAAUUUAGAUUUCAAUAUGGUGGCACCCAUAACUAGAGGGAGGUGGAGGAUAAUUCAAAUAUUUUGCUUAUAAUUAUUAUUUUAUGUCCCUUUAAAUAAUGUGAUACGCUCAAAGGGGUUCACAAGUGUGUGUUUCAAGAUGGUAACUAAUGGAGAUUUGGCAAUUAGAUGUUCUAAGGAUAGGUUUCUGUAGGAGGGGGGAGACAAAUAUAUUAUGAAGGACAAUAACAUUGAUUUAAAAUGUAUUUGUGAGCUUUACAACCAUUGGAUGUCAAGGAAAGUAGUAAGAGUUAUUGGAAUAAGCAUGUGGAAUGAAAAGAGGUUAACGUUUCUGUCAGCCAUGGUGUCUGCCCCACUUCAUCUGAAGGAUAUUUUUUUUUGGGGGGGGGGGGAAAUGAAGGAUGUCUGUCCUACCUAGUACUGAAGAUUUAACCACUAGAUACCUAUCUAGUCUUGAAGACAUAACCACUAGGAGUGGAGAAAACUAGACGACCAAUCAGCAAGCUGGUCACAUUUAAACUAUGGAAUCUAUAAAGCUUCUUCUAACCAUACAUAUCUGCAAAUUUACAGAGAUUCCUGGACACUAUGUAGGAUGAGACCUUUUUGAACGAACUAGUAGCUGAUGAAUUGGUCAUCAGUCGAGUGACUGCGCACAGCCCCGCUGCUGUCUUUAUGUAUCUUUGUUUGGAAUCAACAUAUUUUUGUACUUUUAAACAAGUAAUUGUAUAAAAACACAUAUAUGGGAACAGAUAUCUACAACAUACAUAACAUGUAAACUGCAUAGUGCAUAAUAAACUGCUUUCCCAAU